AUGAUGGGCAGAUACUCAAGGAGUUGAUCCAGAAUGCUGAAGAUGCCGAGGCCAGUGAGAUGAGAAUACUGUAUGAUGUCAGACAUAUUGACCCUGAUCCCAGACUACUGAAGAAGAAGCGUUACCUAGCCUCAUUACAGGCCCCAGCCCUGUGUGUGUACAAUGAUGCCUUGUUCACGGAGAAGGACUGGCGCGGAAUCAAGAUGCUACAUGACAGCGUCAAAGAGGAGGAACCUCUCAAAGUUGGACGGUUUGGGCUCGGAUUUAAAUCUGUGUUCCAUGUCACUGAUUUCCCAUGUGUCAUAAGCGGGGACACAGUGUUGUUCAUCAACCCUCAGGAGAAGAAUAGUGACCGAGUCUGCUACAUGAAGAAGUUGAGAGAACUUCCCAAUGAAAUCAAGAAGAUGAUCCUUAAUGUCUUCAGUGGCAUCUUUGACUUCACAUCAGACACGGUACACAAGGGCUAUUACAGUGGAACCAUCUUCUGGUUCCCCCUCAGAACCAACAUCUCAAAGCUGUCAGACAACCUUUACACAGAGGAGAAAGUCAAGGAUCUUUUCCAAGCGUUUAAGUCUGAGGCGUCCAUCACUCUCUUAUUUCUGAAGUCAAUAGAGAAGAUACAGUUGUACCAGAGACUGAGAAGAAAGAUACAAGUCCAGUUCUCACUGCAGCUGUCUCAAGACUGUCUCCAGCAUGUGAGGACAGAGAAGCAGGAUUUCAUGAGAAAAGUGAAGCAGGCACAGGGAGGAAUACCAGCAGCAUCUGUAGAGAGUCAGUUGACUUUAACUGUGGAAACAGUGGAUGUUGCAGGGCCUAAGUCCUUACAGCAAUGGAUUGUCAUCAACUUCUACAAAGGAGGAACUAUGAGUCCAAGGUUCAGAGAUCUUUGCAGUGACAUAGCUCUUUCCUACUCCCCUUAUGUGGGUUUGGCUGUUCCUCUGGGUCAGCAGUGUAAAGGUCAUGUGUUUUGUUUCCUCCCACUCCCCCUGGAGGGUCGCAGUCCCACAGGGCUGCAGGUUCAUGUGAAUGGUUUCUUUGCUUUGAAUCAGAACAGGAGACACUUCAAGUGGCCAACAGCAGAUCAGCUUCAAAAUCAGGCUCACACCGACAAGGCUAUGGAGUGGAACAAGUGUCUUGUGAGUGAAGUUCUGCCUGAGGUGUAUUAUAGCAUUGUAAAUGCUCUUGUUCAAUGUUGCAAGGUGCAUACUAAUUCAAUUAUCAUCAUUCAGCAAAUCUACAGAAUGAUACCAGACAUUGAUGAAGUUGAUGUGAAUUGGAAGCCUCUUGUUUCAACAUUGCUGAAGCAGCUACACAAUAUACCUUUACUGUUCACACCGAGUGACCAGAGGAUGGGGAUCAAGAUGAAGGAUGCCUUUCUUGUGGAUGUGGCCAAUGACGCUUAUUCGUUAAUCGUUGAAAUAUUUACUCUGUACAAGAGAUACAUCGUCCCAGUACCUUCGAAACUCAUGAGAACUUUAGAAAAACAUUUCAGCUCCCACAUUCACAAAGUGACACCUAAAGAUGUCUGUGACACACUGAGAUUGAGCAACCAUUUUACAAGAUUACCAAGACAGAAGAAACUCAUGCUGUUGAAAUAUCUCCUGGAAUCUGAUCAGUACAAGCACCUGGAGGGUCUGUGUCUUCUUCCAGUGGCUGAUGGCAACUAUGUGGCGUUCGGAGCACCUGCUGCUGUGUUCAUCUGUGACCAGCCAGAGGAUGUCAAACUCUUCCCAGGGCUGGAAAGUCAGUUGGUUUCACUGGACCUUCCUGAAGAUUUACAACAAGCUCUGAUGAAACGGGCAGCUGGCGGAUGGAAAGGCCUUUCCGUGAUGUCACCUGCUGCCUUCCCUGGCCUGCUCCAGAAAUGUCUGUUGAGGCAUUUUCCAGAAGGUAAAGCUAAACUCCCUUCCCAAUCCUUGGAUGUCAGCUGGCUCAGGCAAGUGUGGACCUAUAUUACAGCCCAUGGAUUUGAUGUUGAAUCUGUGUUCAGUGGUUUUCUCAUUGUGCCGGAUAUUGAUGCUUCCGGCAGAGGAAGACUCCACAGCAUCGAUGAUGUCUUUAUUGCUCAGUCAGUGAGACACUCUGAAUCUUUACCUCCAAAUGUUGGUGCAGCGCUGCAGAAACUAGGCAUUGUCCAUUUAAUGUAUGUUCCUGACUUUGUGCUGAAAAAUUCUCAUACACUUGGGACAAUCAUUCAGUACUCAAAUCCAGUUGGUGUUGUAAGAGCAUUAGAGAAAGUAUACAGGAAACUUAUCACAGCUGUACAACUGUUCAACUCCGAAUCCUCCAAACAGGAAAGGUCUGCUUUGGUUGCCUACAUGAGCACCUGCCGGUUGUCCGAGGGAAGUAAAGCAGUGUUGAGGAAGUUACAGCUAUUUACUGCGACAGACAACAGUGAUUGUUCAUUGGAAACCUUAUGUACUCUGGCUCCUGAUGAACAAAUACCUGUACCCUACCUAGAGAGGUACAUCCAGUGUUCAUCUGCUGCAGUGAGACACCUGGCCCUGACACUUGGUGCAACAGAAAAGCCAUUUCUUGAUGUCAGUCGACAAAUCCUUCAAAUGAUGCUGCACAACAAAAGAAAAUAUACAGAAAGUCAUAAGGUAGAUUUUAUGGAGUUUCUCAUGGAGAAUCACCUUCAUAUUGUGAAUGAGACCAGGCAAAUUGCUUCAGAGGUACGGUUCCUUUCAUCCAGUGGAGGGUCAUCUGGACUGAGAGCUUGUGAUCUGUUUAGCAGAAAUGAUCCAUCCCUGAGAAAGUUGUUUCUUGGAGAGGACAAAUUCCCAGCAGAGAGGCACACACGAACAGACAGACUGAGAAGAGGAUUAGAAGCAAUUGGUCUUAAAACAGAGAAAGAAGUUUCAGAAAGUGAUGUUAGAACAUCAGCAAAGACAAUUGAGGGGCUUGUAAUCAGGGGAAUGGAAUCUGAAGCAGGCCGUAAAGUAACAGCAUUCAUCACUUUCCUGGAAAGGAGCACAGACAGAAUGGAUACACUCAAACUAUCUGACCUUCAGCAUGUGCAAUGCAUCCCAUGCAUGCAGAAAAAAAUAUCCAGAUAUCCCAAGUCUCUGUCAUGGAAAGGAAAAUCAGGACCAAAUAUCUUAUCAUCAGGAAAGGUUUUCAGUUCAAGAUACUCAUCUAUCAUUGGGUCUGUUAGUCCAGUUGCAAAAGAAACAACAGCUGCUGUUGAAGCAAUUUUAGGACUUGAUAGAGUUCCUCCAGUGUGUUCAGUUAUGGAACAUCUUCAUAAUCUUGGGACAUCUUAUGACAGUAGAGAAUGUAAUCCUUGUAUGGACUUACUUAAGGACAUUUACAGCUUCCUGAGUUCUCAAGAUGUAUCAAGUACAGAGAAGAACAUGAUGGAGUCAUCACAAUCUGUGUGGGUGGGAAUAGAAGAAGGUUUCCACUCUCCCCGGUCAGUGUAUUGUGAAAGAUCUGAUGCCGACCUGGACCUGAAGCCUUACAGAUACCAGCUGCCAUCUCUGUUGCAUGGCUGGGGUUCAUUACUAUGUAGCUAUGGCUGCCACCAGAGACAAACACCUGACAUGUUGGCCACUGUCCUGGAAGAAAUAAAAGAAAAGCAUGAUGAAUUCAAAAAUGCCAACUUAAAGAAACCAACAGUUGUGCGACAAGAUCUGAAGCUUGUUCUUCAAAUACUAAAUGAACUACAAGAACACCCUCAGAGACCUGACCAUGUGUUGGUGCCAGUGCACCAGGCAUCUGAUGAUUUCCUUCUCUUGUUGCCAGCAGAAUACUGUACCUACUGCAAUGCAGACUGGCUGCAGGAUCAGAUCUCUGUUGGUGCUGAAGAAGGUGAAGAAGAGAAAAUAUUUUAUGUUCAUGCUAACAUAUCAGAGCACACUGCACAACAGUUUGGAGUUUAUUCCCUGACUGAUCGUGUUAUGGAUGACACUGAAGACUUUGAUAUGGAGUAUCAUCAGUCAGAACCAUUAACACGAAGACUGAAAAACUUGCUCCAUGAGUACACAGAUGGAUUUUCUGUCCCAAAGGAGCUGAUACAAAAUGCAGAUGAUGCUGGUGCUACAGAAGUCUGCUUUAUGUAUGAUGAGAGACAGAAUCUGAAUGCUAGAACUUUCCUCAUGAAUGAGAACAUGGCUGGUUUGCAAGGUCCAGCCCUCUGGGCCUACAAUGAUGCAAGUUUUACUCAAAGUGACUUUGCCAAUUUAAAGAAACUUAGUGGUGCCACUAAAGAAGAAGACACAGCAAAGGUGGGAAAGUUUGGUUUGGGAUUCAAUUCUGUCUACAAUCUAACUGAUGUCCCAAGCUUUAUAAGUGAAAAUACCUUGGUGAUAUUUGACCCGCACAAGUCAUUCUUAGGGAGACCUGGACUGAAAGCAAACCUCCAAAGUGUAAAAAAUCAGAGGAUGUUGAGAAAUAUGAGUGGACAAUUAAAACCAUUCGAGGGAAUAUUUGGUUGUCAGUUCAUGAAAAAGGGAAAACUUGACAGUACAUGUCAUGGAACGCUUUUCAGGUUCCCUUUGAGGACACCAGAACAGGCUGCAGCAAGUAAAAUUAAAGACUUGUCCUACUCAAGGCAUGAGAUGGAGAACUUUUUCCGAAAAUUUGCAGAAGGAUGUGGAAAUCUUACUCUCUUCACACAGAAUGUGUCAUCCGUGAAGUUCUUCUAUCUACCACUCAAUGGAGACCCAAAUGAACCAGAACUUCUCAUCCAUGUGGCAAAAGAAAUAAGGGACCAAAGAAUCCUGUCACCUCCAAAUUCCUUUCUUAAUGGACCUAACGUGCUGUCAUAUGCAGCGGAAGAAUGGAAAAAGCAAACAGGGCUGUGCCUGAAAAUAAGUGAAAAAAGUGAUGUACAGCUUGAAAUAUGUGACACAGACAUGACUAGAAUGCAAAAGCUUAAGGCUGGUGUGACCAUUGUGUCAUGGCUCAUAACAUGGGUAACUGGUCAGGGAGAAUCUGAGCAGUUUGCUCGGUCUGGAAAGCUCAAAGGACUGCUUCCAUUAGCAGCUGUUGCAAUUCCACUGACUUUGGAAGAUGGAAGACAAUGUAUAUAUAAAAUGGACAAAUGUCCUGAAGGCUUCUAUAGAGAAGGACAUUACUUUUGCUUUUUGCCUUUACCAGUGCACAUUCCUUUUCCAGUACAUAUCAAUGCACCAUUUGCCUUGACAUCAGACAGAAGACAACUGUGUACACAAACAGAAGAUGACAAGACGAACUCUGAAGCUGAGUGGAACACUGCUUUGUUAAAAGAUGCUACUUGUAGAGCAUAUGUAGCUGGUCUGGAACAAUUAGAGAUCACUGACCCUUCCACUGUUGGUCAAUAUUAUGACUUAUGGCCUACCAUGCAAAGUAGACAGGACUGUAUGGUACGAAUUUCUAUGAAUCUGGAAUGGUUGUCAUUUCAAAGAAUACAUAUUCUUGAACCUGCCUUUCGUUGGAAAGGUGAAAUUGGAACAAUUGCCUUCAAGGCAACAUCACACUUUUUGAAGUCAGCAAAUGAAAAAAUGGUUGAUCUUCCACAAAAACUCCUUGAACAGUUUUAUUUGUCUGGACUGGAGUCAAGUGUUACUUCCAAACUUAUCACAACAGCAGAGUUUUUCAAGGCAGUCUUUUUCCCAAACAUACAUGAUAGUUACUGGAACCCAACAGAGAGAAAUAGCUUGGUAUUGUUUGCCCUAAAAUGUGAGAAUGAAAGUGUUCAAGACCUGAUCAGAACAUCAAGAUGUAUCCCAACAGAACCAUCAGGUACUUUGAAAAUGCCAGGUGAACUAGUUCAUCCAAACAUGCAGUGUGCAAGAAUGUUUUCUGGAGAAGAUGAAUGCUUCCCUAGAGGAACUGACUUUUGUGACCUGAAGGUGAUAGCCAUUCUAUGUAAGCAUGGAAUGAUCCAAGACAGACUCCCAUGGGAUCUCCUUGUUCGGCGAGCAAUAUCAGUAGAGAAACUAGCUGAACAGGAUGCAAAAGCAGCUCACGAGAGAAGUGGUAAGAUCCUUGGGUAUCUUGGCAACCAGUUCCAGUAUGGACAGAAACAUAUUGCCACCUGUCCAGAGGCUACAAAAUCUACAUUACAAGACAUAUCCUUUCUACCUGUUAAACAAUGCCCCUCAUCAUGGCCUAUAAAGUGGAAAGCAGAUGAUAUGAAAGGAAAAUUAUUUGCGUGUCCAAGGGAACUGUAUUUGAAGAAAGUGUCAAACUUAGUUGCCUCUUCACAGUUAAUAUUUGAUGACUGUUUUGACAGUUAUUUUAGAAUGGACAUGGAAGUUUUGUCUUGGCUUGGUGUGAAAGGAAAGGAAGAUGUUGACCUGGAAAUAGCUUCAGAACAAUUGUUUCUGGUUUCAAAAGCCAUGAAUGCAUUGACUAAUAAUUCAUCCUUCUAUGAGCUUGAGAAAUUGUGCAAAGAUAUAUACACAUUCCUGAACUCUAGGUGUGCUGAAGAUGAUGCUCAUAUCACAACGAUACAGCAACUUUUACAACAUGAAGAGACUGUGCUAGCAAGAAAGCAGAUGGUUGAACCAAAGCAUGCUGCUUUUGAACUGCCAGUUGAUUUAUCACCUUAUUUGCAUCAAGUUGAUAAAACCAUAGUUCGCCAUCAACUGCUUUUGCAGAGCAUUGGGGUUAAAAAUAAGUUUGAAGUAUCUGAUCUGCUAGAUGUUAUGCAGAACAUAUCCAGAGAUACAGGUUCACAACAACUUUCAGAGGAUCUGUUGAAAUGGUUUGGGAGAGCUACUCAGCAUCUUUUAGAGCUUGACCUAUCAUGUUUUGAUCAAGAAGAGUUUGAUCUUUCACUUCCAAAUUUUGAAGGAUUUUUGUUAAAAGCAACCUUACUAUGCAUUGAUGAUUAUGAAUUUGUUGAUAAAAAUGAAUCCAUGAAAUUUGUGCAUCCAUGUAUACACCAAAAGGCAGCCAAAUUGUUAGGUGUGAAGGGAAAGCGAGAUGUUCACCUGGAAGGACACAUUUCUCAUUUUUCCUCAGAAUUUGGUCAAAGUGAAAAACUUACAACACGAUUAAAACGAAUUCUGAGUGGGUACCCAUGUGAUUCCUCAGUCAUGAAAGAACUGCUACAGAAUGCUGAUGAUGCUGGAGCUACUGAACUGAUGUUCAUAAAGGAUUUCAGACAUCUGCCAACAGAAAAAUUGUUCUGUGAUGAAUGGGCUUCCCUGCAAGGUCCAGCACUGUGUGUCUUCAAUGACAGUUUCUUCACAGAAGAUGACCUUGAAGGUAUUCAGAACUUAGGUGUAGGAAGUAAGAGUGAUGAUCCUGUAAAGACUGGGCAGUACGGUGUUGGGUUCAAUGCUGUUUAUCAUCUCACUGAUGUGCCCUCCUUCAUCACUGUUGGCCCUGGAAUGGAAAAAUCUAUAUGUGCCCUUGACCCUCAUAUGCAAUAUGUACCAGGGUGCAAAUCUGGAAAACCUGGAGUGAGAAUAUCACCGCUUGACAGGAUAAGAGACACUUUUGCAGAUAGCUUCUCUGGCUAUCUGGAAGAUAUUGUCAGAACUGACACAAAAGGAACACUGUUCAGAUUUCCCUUGAGGACACGGGAAAUGGCAAAACAGUCAAAGAUCAAAGACAAAAAAGUUGACCCAGAUGAUGUCAACAAGCUCUUAGAGGAAUUCAAGAAUGAUAUGUUUGACACUCUCCUAUUCCUCCACAAUGUUAAGAAGAUAUCUAUUGCCAGUGUAAACAGCAUUGGUAAUUUCAAAGAAGAAUACUGGGUUAAAGCAAGUCUGAGUGAAGAAGAUAUUUCUGAACAUAAGGGUUUCCUUUCUCACUUGAGGAAACAGACUGAUAAAAUAAGAGAUCCUUGUGCUGGCAUUGGCCUUGAUGCUGUUUCUUCUUUGGAAGCUGAAUUGUCCCUCAGUGUUGAAGAUUCUGGAGGUAGACAGCAAGAUUGGAUUGUGUUUCACCAUUCUGGAUUUUCUAAAGAAAAACCUAUUCCAGAACCUGUAAAUGAAGCCUGGGAAAAUGGGGAUAUUUGUCUUUUACCACGAGGUGGUGUUGCAGUGCCACUUACUACUGAAGGUAAAAGUAUGAUGGCGAUCCAGGGGAAAGCAUUUUGUACUCUGCCUCUGCCUAUCACCACAGGGCUGCCUGUACAUGUCAAUGGUCAUUUUGCCUUGGAUCAUGAGGCAAGACGAAACCUUUGGCAUGGCAAUAACGACUACCGGUCAAUCUGGAAUCGCCAUAUAGUUGAUGCUAUCAUAAUUCCAGCCUAUAUUCUGGCUAUGCAGUCACUGAAAAAGAGAACUGGAAUGUUCAAGGAAAAGUCACUGAGAUGUCAAUAUGAAAGUCUCCAUUACUAUUAUAGUUUCUUUCCAGACAGGACUGAGAAAACAAGUGGAGUUUGGAAUGAUGUCGUCAUUUCAUUCUACUCAGAUAUCUUUUUUAACAAAAGAAAGCUCUUUGGAAUUGUGAAACCUGGAGAAGGAAUGUUUUCAGAUUUCAGCAAGGAAGAAAGUAAAAGCAACAAAGCACAAAAAAAGGAAGAUAUGAACUGUAAGGUUUUGUGGGUUCCAGCUUCAUGCGGUAAAGGAUAUUUCAAUGUACUGGAAAGCCUUUUCCCUCAAAAGAAAACAGAAACUGGUGAAAUCUCACAAUCUGACACUGACGGAGGAAAAGCAUGGACUGUGUUAUUUCCACAGAUGCAUGAAUUCAAGCAGGAAAAUGACAAAGCAUGGCAGCUUACAGAGAUUCUAAAAGACUUGAACAUGAAUGUGAUAGAUGUUCCAUGCAGGAUUUAUGAAAAUGUCAGAGACAUUUGCACUGAAGGUGAGAAGAGCCUUGUGACACCAGAAAGUGUCAUACAGUUUCUAAAAUCACAGACAGUUGACACCAAAGAAAGGUGUAAUCUUGGGUCUCUGCCUCUGGAAUUAGAAUUCACAUCUUUGAAGAGUAUCAAAUCACUAACAUUAUUGACAAAAUUCUGUGAAAUGCAUCCUGAGUUUGGUUCUGAAUUGCAAACUUUGCCACUUGCACUGACUGAAUCCCAGCAAUUGCAUUGUUUUGAUGCUACAAAGCCAUUGUUUGUGACAAGACGCACACAUCUGUUUUAUAAAACUCCAGAUGUGUUGCUGCACAACAGUCUAACUCAUAGGUAUAAAAAAUACCUCAAAGACUCUGAUUGUAUAAAAGAUCUUGAUGUUACUUCAUUGGCAUGUUUGACUGAAAAAACAUUUUCCAAAGAUGUUUUGCGAACUGGCAAACCAGUUCUGUGGGAGGACUCCAUAGAACAUCCAACCAAGGAAUGGAUCUUUAUGUUUUGGGAUUACCUGUCUCAGCAAAUAUGCAAUAAAAGGAAAGAACCGAAUUUUGACACACAGGAGUUUUUGGCUGAGCUAGAUAACUGGUCAUUGUUUCCAGCGAGAAAGCAAGGGGAGAGCACUCUUUUACUGUAUGGAAUAAAAAAUAGCAAAUGUGUAAUCUAUCAUCAUCAUUCACAUAAGCACAAACUGUGUGAAACUGCUUUGCUAAAUAUGAAAGUUCCAAUGCUUGAGACAUCAUUGUUUCAUCCGUUUACUUCUUUCAGCGAUAUCAUUGAAGUAACCUCAUCCAUUGCUGCAAGUGUGGAGAGACCAGACAGCAUAUUGAAAUUAUUAUCAGACUUUGAUUUCAAUGAUUGUCCUGAUAAUACUGCAGAUGACAGUUUGGCUGUUUUAGAGUACUUCAGUGUAAACAUUGAAAAACUCUGUGAACAACAUGGUGAACAGUCUGCACAACAACUUCGGAGACUUCCUUUCUUUGAGCCUAUGUGUGGACAGCAAGUUGCUUUACAAGAUGACAGUGAGGUGUUAGCAGUUGAAGACUACACUUCCAUACCACCUGAUGGUUUCAGUGAAUUGAUCAGAGCAUCAGGUGUACUGUUUCUUAAGAAGUAUGUUUCAUGUAGGAAUAUUUAUGAAAAACUGAAUAUAGAGACAAAGACACGAGUGGAUUUGUAUGCCAAUUACAUCCUUCCAAACUUUGAAUGUAUGUCAAGUUCCGCCCAGCUUGCACAUUUGGAAUUCCUUCGUGAUACCUUAUUGCCCUUUUAUGAAGAACUGGGUGUACCAAAAGGACUGAUAGACAGGCUGAGAGAAUUAAGAUUCAUUGAAGCCAAUGAAGGCUUACGUCAGUGUGCUAACAAUUUUUUCAGUCCUUAUGAAGAAGUUUUCAAAGUGAUGUGUGACCCAUCUGUGUUCCCACCAUCACCAUAUGAUGAACCGACCUGGCAAAACUUCUUAAAAUGUGCUGGUUUGAAAACAGAUGUUUGCUCUCAACAGUAUUUAACCUAUGCUAGAGAAGUCGAAGACCUUGGUAGCAAAGGUAUUACUGAAGAUGUGUGCAAGAAGUCUAAAGUUUUGUGCAAUUACUUAAAAGUCCACCAUGAAAGAGUUCAAGAGCAACUGUCCCAAAUUGGAAAGAUCAAGUUUGUGUUGCCUCAUACUGUAAAGGAAGAGUUAACAGCAAUACAUCCUCAACUGGAUGAUGGCAAACAUCUAGUUUCCUACUGUGAAUCACUUGCCUAUGACAACUGCCACUGUAUCUGGACUAGCUGUUCAAUGUUCCACAGGGAUACAAACCCACUUUCAUGGAAAUGGAUGCCUAACACAAGCCACUGUUCUGCACUUGGCAUCAGAACAACACCUGAUCCAAAAGACGUAACAACGCAUUUGCAAAACAUAUGCAGGUCUUUUGAAGAACUUCAGAACCAGAAUUCUGUAGAAAGAUUAUCCAAGUUAAGAAGUAUCAUGGAAAAAGUCAUGGAAUGUAUUUACAAAUAUUUACAAAAGGUUGGAGUCAGUGAUUGGAUGAAGCAACAGCUUAAAGACUUUUGCACAAUCUACAUUCCAGAGAAGAACUGUAUGGUUCCAGCUUCAGAAGUUGUAAAAAGAAUUCGUUUUGAUGAGAUUGUGGAAGGAUAUGUUUUUGGAAUGCCAGACAUAUUAAAUGACUUUUGGAAAGUCCUUCUUGAACUUGGUGCCUCAGAGGAAUCACAUGCUAACCUUUAUGCAUGUGUGCUGGCGAAACUGUACAAAAAGACACACAUGCAGAAACUGGAAGGAAAUUAUCUGCUUGCAGCAGAGAAGGCCAUUGAGCUCAUGUUUACUUUCAUGAAAGUGCAAAACAAGACAAAUACACCCACAUUAGAAGUGCCUACAUUGUAUCUACCAGAUGCUAACUUGACAUUAACAGACUCUUGCAAACUGGUCUUUAUUGACAAUAACUAUUUCUCUGGAAGAGUUCAGUCUCUUGAUUUGCAGUAUUUUCUGGGAUUUGAGAAGUUUCCUGAUUUGAAUAGUGAUCCACUUCGACACAUAAACAUGCUACCUGAGCGCUAUCAGCUGACAAUGCUGUCAUCUUCAGUCCAAGAAAAUGUCACUGAUGAGAGCAAAUUGAAAGCAUGUCCACAUCAAUUAUCUCAGGAAUAUAUGGAGAUUAUACAUGAGUCAGAAUUUGUUAGUGCAGUUAUGAGACUGGUCAAUCAUGAACUGUUACGUCACAAUCAAUAUCUGGACCAAACUGAAGCAAAGACAAUUGAAGAACAACUGAGGAAGUUAGAAAUUCAUCAAGUUGAGAACUUACACACAGAACUGAGACAGAAAGAUGGUAUUCAAAUACCCCGUAGCGAAGACAAAAAAAGCAGUAUGGAAGAACACUUUAAUGCAAAAGUAUACCUAUUCAUUGACAAUGACAUUGACUCAGAUGAUUUAUGUCAGGCCCUGACAUCAACUGUUGAUUCUUUGACUUCAAAUAGACUGGGAAAUUUCAGUUAUCACAUUAAUCAUCUAUUGAAAUCCAACCGAGAAACAUACCAGAAUUAUUUGGAUGAACACCGAAUACGGCCAUAUAAUCAUGUUUGCGAAAUGAGAGAAAACAUUGCUUUUCCUAUUCCCGGGACAUUGAUCCCAGAAGAUAUGCACUGGCUUCUGGACAACAAUUUCCAUGCCUUUGAUGAAUGGGAGUAUGUUGGACUGGAGGUAUAUGAUCCUGUCAUUGACACAGAUGCAAAGAAGGGAGAUGAUGAAGAGGUCAAACCAGAAUAUAUUUAUGCACUUGUGAAGAAAAUCUUGCCAAAGGAAACUUCAUGGAUCAGGGGGCAGUAUCUGGUGACACUUAGGAAUGGCCAUCUAGAGACCAUACCUGGAACAAAGCUGUAUAAAAUAAGGAAUAUUAAUCAGGAUAAAAACAGUGCAACAGAAGAAAUGUCCACUUCUCUCGAUGAACUGCUUAAGCUUGAGCAUAGAGACCUCAAGACAGUAUUAGGGGAAAUCAGAGAUAUUCUGACAGAAACAUGGCGAACAUGUACUGAUCCGAAGGAGAGAAACAGGGUAAAGAAAAGAUUGUAUUUAACUUGGCAUCCGGAUAAGAAUCUUGGGGAAGAAACUUUCUGUACUGAAGUGUGUCAGUAUAUUCAGUUAUAUGUGACAAAACUUGACAAUGGGCAGAGAAUCACCGAAGAUGUCGAUGUUGAUGACAUGCAAUCACAUUCAUCCUUCUUUGAACAUAUGAAGAAGAGAAGUUCACAUCAAAGGGAUCAGUACAAACAAUGGAAGCAAGACCAAACAUUUGACAAUCGUCACCACUCUGCCAGGAAUAAAGCUCAUCCUCAACCACAGGAAGCAAAACGGUGGCUCAGACAGGCAUCAUGUGACUUGAGGUCAGCCAGAGACACUCUCCAUCUUGGUAGAGAUUUUAAUUGGGUGUGCUUCAAAGCUCUGAAGGCAGCUGAGAAGGCUGUCAUAGCUGGCUGGUACAACAGGAAUGCUUACAAGGCAGAGAAACUCCGGAAAACAGGCAUCAUCAAAGCGGCAGCUGGGUUGGAAAAUGUCCGUUUUUCUGAGUUUGUGACUCAGCUUCAAAAUAUAGUUGGCGACUAUGACAGAAUGCACUUUCCCGAUAGGCUUACCUGUCCACUCAUCCCAGCUGAUGUAUACACAGAAAGUACAGCAACACAGGCAUGUCAACUCGCAGAAAUUGUUCUUAUUCUAGCUGAAGAAAUGUGAGGCUGUCGAGAAAGCUGUCAUAUCAGUCUGGUACAACAGAAAUGCUGACAAGGCUGACACAUUGCGAGGUAAAAGCCUCUUCCACACAGAGGCAGGACUAAACAAUUCCUGUUUGUCUGAGCUGGUAUCAGAGCUUCAAAACCUAGUUGGUGACUUCAACAAAAUGCACUACCCAGAUAAACUGAGUUCCAAAGAUUCCUGCUGAAUUAUACACUGAGAGAACUGCAGGGAAAGCUUGUGAAAUUGCAGAAAGUAUUCUUGAUCUGGUGAAAGAGUUGCUGGGUGAAAUGCAGUGGUGAGGUGAAUUGUUGUCAUGUUUCUUAUGCAUCUGUAAAUCUUUACAUCAAGGCCUGUGAAACAUAUGUUGAGCAUGUCACAGUUUGAAACCUGUUGUUUAACAGUUUCACUGUAAAUAUAUUUCUUUCAAAAGUUAUGUUUCUUAAGUACAAUUGCAAAAUGCCUACCAGGACACUUAUUAUGUGUGUAGAUAUUAAGAUCAGAUGAUGUAGCUUUAGAAUAAUAUCCAGUAUCCAUUCUUUGUAGUCUUUAUGAACCAUUUAGUCUCACAAUGUUGUUUUGAAGGUUAUUGUUACCUAUGAUACGUAUUGAACAAAAUGUGUUUAUCUUCAUUGAAAGUCUUUUCAUUAAGAAUAAGUACAUUACUUGCACGAUAGUGAAGACUGGAACAACAGGGUUUUUUUAUUUUUACUUGCAUGUAAAUUCUUUUAAGUUUACUGCUCAAUUUCCAUGUCCCCUGCUACAGCAGUGUACAACUGGAAAAAAUAUACCCAGCUGUCAAGGCAACAGCUAUUUUACAAAUUUUUCUCCAGUGAAACAGCAUUGCAUGAUGUAUAUUAUUAUUGCCUUUAGAGAUAUAACUAAACUGUGUGUGCAAGUAUAACUUAAUGAAAGAAACAUGAUAUAUAUUUGUUUGUGUGUAAUUGUAUAACAUCCAAAAAAAGUUAACUUAAUUAAUUAUGUCAUGGGUAUAUAUUUGGAUAUGUAUAAAUUGAAACUCGUAUGAAUUUUAAUACCUUAAAAGAUUAUAUCUGAAACGAAAUAUACUUUGUAUGUAAAAAUAUCACGAGCAGUGGAACAGAUGCCAUAGAUUGAUCAAGUGAAUGCCAUCAGAUUGUGAUAUGGCAACUUGGAAGUUUGAACAGUGUAAGUGACAAGCAAUGUAUGUGUGGAUUUUUACAAGAAUGCAGCUGCUCACACCUUUAGUGAAAUUAUCACUACCAAAUCAUGAGUCCUGAAUAUUGUACAUUUGCAUUUACAUGUAACUUAAUUCCAGACUGUAAUUGUCUAGGUUUAACUAUAGAAAAGUUAAAAUUUAUCUACAUGACAGAUGUCAAUGAUGGAAUCUUUAAAUGCGCGAAUUAUUGAAAUAUGGCAAAUGUUUAGUUUUAACAGUGUGUACAUAUUUCAAGAUUUGUAGAUGUGUCUUGUAUAUAAAAUUAGAGAUGAAUAACAAUGUGUACAUAUUUCUGGAUGUACACAUUUCUUGUGUUUAAAAUAGAGAGGAGCUGUACAACAUUCUUCUUGUAAGUGGAAAUAAAUUUGUAAAGUACAGCAUAUGUAUUAAUAAAGAUAUGAACAUGACUAAAUAUUCCAGAAUGUGUACAUAUAUCCAUAUUUGAAAAUAUUUAAUCUUUGGUGUAGAAAUAGAUGUGAUAAUAAUAUUUGAAUUUGAAAAAUGUAUUAUGUGUGUAAAUUUAAAGAGGAAUUGAAUUAAACAUUUAUCUAUAUGUACAUAUUUCAGGAUGUGAAAACAAUCAUCUUGAAGAUUGAAACAGAAAUUAUUAACCAUUUGUAUAUAUUUCAGGAUUUGUUAAAUACACCAUGUAUAUUAUGAAUAUUCAUGUGUAUUAUGAAUAAACUAUGAACUUGAUUAAACAAUAACAUGUGUAUGUAUUCUAGGAUUUGCAAUUACCGGUAUUGUAUCUUGUGUAUAGAAAUAGAGAGGAAUGGAUUUAAACAUUUAACUAUGUGUAUGUAUUUCAGGAUUUGAAAAACAUGACCUGUGUAUAGAUAUAAAGAUCAAAUGCAUUCAGCAGUGUGUACAUAAUUCAGGAUUGAAAAAUGUAAAGAUAGUAAUUGAAAUAACACAUUCCUAAAAAUGUAAAUAUUGAUUUAUUAAACAUUUCUUGUGUAUAGAAAUAGUAAUGAAUUCAAUUGAACAUUUAACGAUUUAUACAUAUUUCAGAAUUUAAAACAAAUCUAAAAACAAUCUUGUGUAUUAAAAUAGAUAAGACUUGAAUUAAAAUUCAUUAAUUUGUACAUAUUUCAUGUUUUCAAUUUUUUUUUGUUAGAAAUAGUAACAUUCAACAAUUUGUAUUUAGGAUUUGUCAAAUAUAUUGUGCAGCUAUGAACUUGAUUAAACAUUCAAACGUGUACAUAUUUCAGGCGAGGCAAAUAUUGUAUUUUGUAUAUAGAAUAAGACAGUAAUUGAAAUAAGUAUUUAAUAUGUGUACAUAAAUCAAGAUGAGAAAAUGUAAAGAUGGGAAUUGAAAUAAACAUUUAAACAUUUGUAUAUAUUUUAGGAUUUGUUAAAUACAUCAUGUGUAUUGAUAAAGCUGUGAACUUGAUUAAACAUUCAAACGUGUACAUAUUUCAGGCGAGGCAAAUAUUGUAUUUUGUGUAUAGAAUAAGACAGUAAUUGAAUUAAGUAUUAACAAUGUGUACAUAAUUCAGAAUUUUUAAAAAUGUAAAGGUAGGAAGAGAAAUAACCAUUUGUAUGUAUUUUAGGAUUUGUUAAAUACAUCAUGUAUACUGGUAAAGCUAUGAACUUGAUUAAACAUUCAAACGUGUACAUAUUUCAGGCUAUGCAAAUAUUGUAUAUUGUGCAUAGAAUAAGAUUGUAAUUGAAUUAAGUAUUUACAAUGUGUACAUAAUUCAGAAUAUUUAAAAAUGUAAAGGUAGGAAUAGAAAAAAACCAUUUGUAUAUAUUUUAGGAUUUGUUAAAUACAUAAUGUGUAUUGGUAAAGCUAUGAACUUGAUUAAACAUUCAAAUGUGUACAUGUACAUAUUUCAGGCGAGGCAAAUAUUGUAUAUUGUGUAUAGAAAAAAAACAUUUCAAGAUUUGUAUAUAUUUUAGGAUUUGUUUAAUGCAUAAAAUAUAUUGAUAAAGCUAUGAACUUGAUUAAAGAUUCAAACGUGUACAUAUUUCAGGCUAUGCAUAUAUUGUAUUUUGUGUAUAGAAUAAGAUUGUAAUUGAAUUAAGUAUUUACAAUGUGUACAUAAUUCAGAAUUUUUAAAAAUGUAAAGGUAGGAAGAGAAAAAACAUUUCAAGAUUUGUAUAUAUUUUAGGAUUUAUUUAAUGCAUAAAAUAUAUUGAUAAAGCUAUGAACUUGAUUAAAAAAUCAAAUGUAUAUAUAUUUCAGGCUAUGCAUAUAUUGUAUUUUGUGUAUAGAAUAAGAUUGUAAUUGAAUUAAGUAUUUACAAUGUGUACAUAAUUCAGAAUUUUUUUAAGUGUAAAGGUAGGAAUUGAAAUAAACAUUUUAACCAUUUGUAUAUAUUUUAGGAUUUGUUAAAUACCCGAUAAAUAAAGUGUAUUGAUAAAGCUAUAAAUUUAAUUAAACAUUCAAACGUGUACAUAUUUCAGGCGAGGCAAAUAUUGUAUUUUGUGUAUAGAAUAAGACAGUAAUUGAAUUAAGUAUUUACAAUGUGUACAUAAUUCAGAAUAUUUAAAAAUGUAAAGGUAGGAAUAGAAAUAAACAUUUGUAUAUAUUUUAGGAUUUGUUAAAUACAUAAUGUGUAUUGAUAAAGCUAUGAACUUGAUUAAACUUUCAAAUGUUUACAUAUUUUAGCCGAGGCAAAUAUUGUAUUUUGUGUAUAGAAUAAGGUUGUAAGUGAAUUAAGUAUUUACAAUGUGUACAUAAUUCAGGAUUAGAAAAUGUAAAGAUGGGAAUUGAAAUAAACAUUUUAACCAUUGCUAUUAACCAGAUUAAACAUUCAAAUGUGUACAUAUUUCAGGCUAUGCAUGUAUUGUAUUUUGUGUAUAGAAUAAGAUUGUAAUUGAAAUAAAUAUUUACAAUGUGUACAUAAUUCAGGAUUAGAAAAUGUAAAGCUGGGAAUUGAAAUAAACAUUUAACUAUUUGUAUAUAUUUUAGGAUUUAAGUACAUCAUUCAUAUUGAUUUUUAUAUGUAUAUUGAUGUAUCUUGCCUGUAAAUAUAAAGAGGAAUUUAAUUAAACAUUCUUAUAUGUGUACAUAGUUGAGUUGCAAACAUAUUGUGUAUAGAUAUAGAUAAGAAUUGAAUUAAACAUUCAACAAAUCAAUAAUUAUGUUUAUGUCUUGUGUAGAAAAAAUCCCCAGUGAGACUUGAACUGAAAUUCAACAUCAGAAAAUGUGUAAAUAUUAAAGGAUAUGAAAACAAUCAUCUUGCAGAUUGAAACAGGAACAAUUAACCAAUUGAUAUAUUUCAGGAUAUAUUAAAUACAUAAUGUGUAAAUAAAUCUUCUUGUAGAUGGAAAUAAAAAUAUUUAAAUUUCAUGAUUUGUAAAGUACAUCAUGUGUAUUGAUAAAGAUAUGAACAUGAUUAAAUAUUUUAAGAUGUAUACAUAUUUCAUGAUUUGCGUAUUUGAUCUUGUGUUGUGAAAUAGAUGUGAUGAUAAUAAUUGAAUUAAACAUUUACAAUGUUUAUGUAUUUCAGGAUUUGAAAAAAUGUAUCGUGUGUAAAUAUAAAGAGGAAUUGAAUGAAACAUUUAUCACAAUGUACAUAUAUAUUGCAGGAUGUGGAACAACCAUCCUGUAGAUUGAAACAAACAAUUAACCAAUUGUGUAUAUUUCAGGAUUUGUGAAAUAAACCAUGCAUUUUAGGAAUAAUCAUAUGUAUAAAAUAUUUAUUAUGAAUAAAUAUUGAACCUGAUCAAACAUCAUAAAAUGUUUACGUAUUUCAGGAUUUGCCAAUAUUGUAUCUUGUGUACAGAAAUAUAGAGGAACUGAAUUAACAUUUAACAAUGUGCAUGUAUUUCAGGCUUUGAAAAACGUGUCUUGUGUAUAAAAAUAGAGAGGAAUUGCUUUAAGCAUUUAACAGUGUGUACAUAAUUCAGAAUUUAAAAAUGUAAAGAUAGGAUUUGAAUUUUAGACAUUGUUAAAAUUGUAAAUAUUUGUUGAUUUUUUUAACUUAUCCGGUGCAUAGAAACACAAAGGAAUUGAUUUAAACAUGUAACAAUUUAUACGUAUUUCAACAUUUGAAAAAUGUGAAAACAAUCUUGUAUCUUAAAAAUAGAAAACACUUGAAUUAAAUUUCAACAAUGUGUACAUAUUUCAUGUUUUCAAAAAAAUCAUCUUGUAGUUCAGAAAUGGAAACAUUUAACAAUUUGUGUAUUUUAGGAUUUGUUAAAUACAUUAAAUGUGUAUUGAUAAAGCUAUGAACUUGAUUAAACUUUAAAACAUGCAAAUAUUUCAGGAAAUGCAAAUAUUGUAUUUUGUGUAUAGAAAAAUAUUUGAAUUGAAAUAAAAAUAUACAAUGUGUAUGUAUUUGAGGAUAUGAAACAUGUGAAAUGCAUGUAAAUAAUUAGAGGAAUUUAAUUAAACAUUCCUUUAAACUGUAUCUUGUGUAUAAAAAUUGCAAAUAUUUAUUGAUCUAUGUAGAUUUAUUGUCUCCUGUGUAGAGGAACUGAAUUAACAUUUAAUUUAUAUACAUUAAACAUUUACAACGUGUAUGUAUUUGAGUGUUUGAAAAAUGUAUCUUGUGUGUUAAUAUCAAGAGGAAUUGAAUUAAACAUUCCUAAAUUUGGACAUAGUUGAGUAUUUGCAAACAUUAUAUAUUGUGUAUAACUAUAGAUAAGAAUUGAAUUAAACAUUCAGCAAUUUAUACAUUUUUCAGAAUUUUAAAAAACAUUGUGUAUGCAUUUCAAGAAUUGAAGAAGUAUAUUUUGUGUGUAAAUAUAGAGGGGAGAAUUAUUCAGCAUUUUAAUAAACAUUGUGUAUGCAUUUAACAUUGUGGACAUUUUUCCAGAUUUUAGGGGGCACGGGUGGCCCAGUCGUCUAAGGCACCGCGAUUCCCCAAUGCAGAGUUGCGUCCCUUGGGCAUGCCAGAAACCUAUGAUUGUGGGUUCGAAUCCCAGUUCGCUCCGAUUAUGUUUCUUGGUUUAUCAGCACCAUACCCGUGCUCGUGGGUUUAACCAAAGUGGUAAAUGCCUGAGACCUGCAUCACUUCAGUCUUUCUACCCAUAUUAAGCUGACACGUCGUGAUAUAGCUGGAAUACGGUUAAAAGCGGUGUUAAACCCAACUCACACACUCUCACUCAAGAUUUGAAAAAAUAUCUUCUUACUGAUGGAAAUAGAAACAUUUAGACAUCAUGUAUAUUAACAAAGAUAUGAACGUGAUUAAACAUUCCAAAGGUGUAAAUAUUUCAGAAUUUGCAAAUUCACUAGUGUAUAGUAGCACAUUGGUAAAGAAAAUCACAAAAAAAUCUCUAAGGAUAAAACUGAAACAUGUGGGAGGGCGAUUUGUGUUGUGUGAUUAUGUUAACAAUGUGUAUCUAAAUAUGUGUACAUCAACAAAUAUAUUAAAUUUCAAGAUUUGUAAGUUGUAACAUUAUAUAGAGAAAGUGUGUAGAUUUAAGUAUCAUAAUUUAAACCUAUGCUGAUACCACGUGUAUCAUGUCUAUGAUUUUUUGUUUGAUGUGAGCUUAAUAUAUAUCAAUGAAGUUGAUUUAAUUAUGUCAAUCAACUCCAACCACAUGUACAUAUUAAAGUAGUUGCAUAUUAAAGUAUUUAUAUUAUAUGUAAAGCUUUUUAAACAUAUAUGAAUGUUAUUUGUAACGUUAAAGAGUGAAGUAUCUGCAUGAAGUUGCAGAACCAGCAGCAGUGAGUAGGUAGCAGGGCUCAGUCCUGCCACACAUGCAAACACAGGUUAUAACCACAUGGUGUCUCCUUACUUCCACUCAACCGGCAGCAAAUACACACCCAUCCCUGGUAGAUUUGAAACCUUCUGCACCAAAUAGGCAGCUUGGGUUGUAUUGUCAGGCAGUGUAGUAUGUUAUUCUCACAGGAAUCUAUACUUUCCUUGAUUAAUUAUUGAAAACAUCCAUGCCAUUGGAAUUUUUAUUGUUGACAGAUUUACAUGUAAGUCUUGUAAAACUCUGUUCUAGGUAAUAAUAAUUAGAGCUGGAAAAGAAGAGUACCCGUGUUCUGGUGUUUAGAAAUAAGACUUGAUGUAAAGAAAAUAUUGCGGGAUGCAUAGUUUAUUAUCAUUUUGACAUUCCAUCUUGUGGUUGAUUAUUUUCUUUGGUGUGAUAAUAAGACAGUUAGACAAUGUAGUAUCAAUCACAUCCUGAUUUCCUAGCUAUAGUGUAUUAUACAUGCAUUAUGAUAAAUACUGAUGACCCCAUAGCUCCUUUUGGGAUUUAAUGUAACAUCUCAGUCUGUCCUAUUCCUACCUCUAACACAGCACAGAAUUUCUCUCAAUCAUGAGCUUGAUAUCAACAACCCAAAUAUUCGGCAUACAUCUGAUUUCGUAAGAGGGAGCCCUCGAUAUAUUUAAAUCAAAUCGGGAGACUUACAAUGGAAACGAUGGACUCAAUGAUUUCACAAGUAUUCAGAAAGAUAAUCAAAUUUAUGUGACAGGCAACAAAAACAGUGGAGUACUGGAGAAUGCUCGUAAAAAAAUAUUCAUGCUACAAGGGUUUUUCUGCAACAAAAAUGACAUUGUUGCAAGGUUUGUAGGCUCAUGGUCUUUGUUAAAAAAUAUCUGGCUCAUGGUUUUGACACUUUACCUGAAUGUCUCAUAAAAAUAGCAUCUGCCCAUCCCCCGGAUUUCGAAUGGUCGGUCACUAAUUUGAAUGGAAGGGUACAUUUAGCAUCGGGUCCUUCAAACUCAAAACGAAGCUAAGGUGGCGAAUGGGUCCAGGGUAUGUAUCAUAUUAGAAUGUGAAUAAAAUGCACUUGAUAUAUUGAUAAGGACAGGGUUCAUUUCAAGAUUAACAAAACACAAAAUUUAAAUCCAUUGUGAAUCUUGUCAUUAUUGUCAUGUAUUCUCACUUACACACUCAAGGUCAUGGGUUGAUUGUGGGAUACCAUGCAUGAACAUCAGCAUCUUGAUGUUGGUCACAAUAGCUUCAUGUUUUUGGAGUUGAUUUUGUGCUUUUUUAAUAACUAAUAACUGAAAUAAUAUUUUGAAGAUGAUCACAUUGUUGCCCGGUAAACAAAAGGUCAUUUUGACUAUUAUUGUCAGAUCUCACACUUGGUCCAAAGAUCCUACUGAGCUUAUGUCAUGGCGUGUCGCCUGCCUCUCUGUUUAUUGUAUAUUAACUUUCAGAAAUUGUUUUUUCCAAAAUGCUGCAAUACUGCACAUGCAUGUUUUGUUACCAUUGCAAUGUUCUUUAAAGACUUUAAAUUCAUAAAGAAAGUUCCAUUGGAAUCAUACAGCUUUCAUAAUAUAGCCACUCUUUCCUUGCAUGAUGAAUAAAUAGGUGGCUACAUUUUUCACUUCAUAUACCAUUCAGCCCAGUUGGAUGUAUCUGAUGGGCAACGGUGCCUUGGCGCAUUUUCUUACAGCUAGAUUCAUACAUGUAUUGUAAAGUAAUUCAUUCUAACUCUUACUUUAAGUGUAUUGUGUUUGAUUUUUCUUUCUGUAGCCUAAUGUUCAUUAAAAGUUUAUAAACUUG